AUGCCUGAGUCAAUGGAUUUUGUCGACUUUCCCCGCGGAAAAUGGACAUCACGUGCGAAUCGAGUCAUACAUAUCACCGCAGGGACAAACCUUCUUUCUCAUACUUUGUUCAAACUACGAAAAAUGACAGUGACAGUGGGUGUUCUUGCCCUGCAGGGUGCUUUCAUUGAGCAUGUUCACCUGUUAAAAAAGGCUGUGGAGCCGGAUUCAUCUUCAGAGUGGGAGUUCAUUGAAGUACGAACACCGGAAGAACUCGCUAGAUGCGAUGGCCUUGUUCUACCUGGUGGCGAAAGUACAACGAUGUCUCUGGUGGCGGCCAGAUCCAAUAUCUUGGACCCAUUGAGAGACUUUGUCAAGGUCUCUCGCAAGCCGGUUUGGGGCACAUGCGCCGGUCUGAUCCUACUCGCCGAGUCCGCCAACCGUACAAAGAAAGGUGGCCAGGAAUUGAUUGGUGGCCUUGAUGUUCGAGUCAAUCGCAACCACUUUGGUCGACAAACAGAAAGCUUCCAGGCUCCGCUUGACCUUUCCUUCUUGGGAGAAGGCGCAGCGCCAUUCCCGGCCGUCUUUAUUCGGGCUCCAAUUGUGGAGUGCAUAUUACCACACCAAGAGGGCAUACAGACUGAAGAGGUUGGACGGGAGGAUACUGUUGUUGCACCAUCAAGACAGACCAAAGAUGCAGUGGCCCAAGCUGCAACAGCCGAGAGCGUCGAGGUGCUGGCUACCUUAUCAGGACCGGCGGCCCGUAUCGCUACCCAAGGACGCAACAUUAGUCCCGAUGAAGAAGUAGGCGAUGUUAUUGCUGUGCGACAGGGCAAUGUCUUCGGGACAAGCUUUCAUCCGGAGCUGACUGGAGAUGCUCGAAUCCAUGCGUGGUGGUUGCGCCAGGUGCAAGCUGCCGUCAUCAAAAGGAACAAACUGAACAGAUUGGCACAAUAA